AAGAUGAUUUAACAUAUGUAAAAAAUUCUCCGUUUAAUUUGGUAUAAAACAUAAAUUCAAGUUAUUACAAAAGAGGUUAUCGUUACUUCAUCUUAUAUACUUUCCACGUAGCGUAUUAACCGUUAAUUUGGAUUUGAUUGAACAAAUUAUUACGAAAGAUGUUACGUCUGUCGAGAGGACUUCGGUGUGAAAAAGCCUACCUAUUCGUUCUGUGGAACAGAAGGAGAAGUUGCAUCACGCAAUUUCCGGGCGACAGAAAGGUCAACUUUGGAACGGGCGAACGACACGUACUGACGGUGAGCAAAACGAGAGGAGAACCCAGUACGAGCACAAAUCUAAAGGAAGCCCUCUGCGAGAAGAUUCCCGUGCACCACGAUCUUCUGAGAAACUUUCGACUUCACUUCGGUCCAAGUGUUGUCAGUCAAAUCACGGUCGAAAACCUGUACACGGGAUUAAACGAUAUAAAAACUAUCGUCAAGGAAACCUCGGAACUUGAUCCUAAACAUGGUAUCGUAUACCGUGGAUUAACUAUACCGGAAGUGAUCGGUCUACUGCCUCGCGAAGGAAACUCGCCAAGCGCGGAGGCUGUGUUUUGGCUGCUCCUAACUGGUGACGUUCCUACACAACAGCAAACUGCUUCAUUGAUCGCCGACUGGACGUUACGGCGUAAAAAAUGUACAGAAUGGUGGUCGGGACCACGCGGCGAAACAAUAGCUUCCGUUCUGCGUUCAAUGCCCGAAAUAAUUACACCCUUGCAUAGAUUGUCGGUCGCGCUCACAAUUUUCAACAUCAGCAAACAGGCGAAAGAAGCUAAAAAGCACGGUGCCAUGCCUUACACUUAUUGGGAGUAUAUCUAUGAAGAUGGUAUGGAAUUUCUUGCGACCUUACCAGCAAUCAUCGGUUUGAUUGCCAAAGGUCAAACGUUGACAAAUGUGAGCGGUGAUGGCGAUUGGGUACAAUUUUUGUUAGAUUGCUUGAGAAACGUGAACGAGAACUUAGACGGCCGAAAAUCAUCGAUCGUGGAUUUUCUCAGACUAUACAUCACUUUAAAUGCUGACGAUGAUGGCGGAGCUCCGAUUGCUCACGUUACGCAAAUUUUGGGUUCAACUGAUCUCCAUAUAAAUGAGGUAUUAGCGAGCACCGUUUUAGCGCACGUUGAAGAACCUAAAAGUGGAACAAUGUUGGAGUGGAAAAAAUUACAAACAAAAAUCAAGAACACUCUCGGCCGAACGUGGACGGAAGAUGCUUUAAAAACUUGCGUGCUGAAUUUAUUAAGCAGAGACAAAUUGAUAGGACAUAAGGAGGCCGAUUUUUGUGAUCCACGAUAUACCGCACUCCUGCAUUACGCCAAGCAACAUUUGCCCAAUAAUUCGGAAAUAAAGCUCUCGGAAGAUAUUACACGGAUAUUAAGAACGACAAUAAGAAGACCGAAAAGGAAAGACAUUUAUCCAGAACAGAAUGCCUUGGCUCCUGUUAUUUUUCAGUAUUAUGGGUUAGAAGACAUGAGAUUUAAUCAGAUAAUACUUUAUAUGGCACGGACUCUGGGAGCGAUCGCCUCGAUUAUCUGGACGAAGAUUGUGAACGCGCCUAUCGAGCACCCGAUAUCAAGUUGCACUUACAGCUAUAUAGAAUCGGUUCACGAUAACGGCAUAAAGAAGCGAAAACGUAGGACACGAAAUGCCGAUGCAAAUAAAAAAUAUAUGGGAAAAUAACAGAAACGGUAUCUAAUGGGGCUACUCCCCGACUUCCUUUCGACAAG